GAACAAAAUGGUUCAUUCUACGUGUCUCACUUUUGUCAUUUUAACUCUUCUGGCCAUUAUUUUCACAGUCACAAGCGACUCUUUGGAUCAGGACAGGAUGGACCUUCCACUUCUUCAGAAACGUCCAUUUUGCAAUGCCUUUACAGGAUGUGGGAGAAAAAGGUCUGGUGCUAGAUCUGGAGAAAGCAGCGACAUGUUCACUUCAAGACAAGGAGCUCAAAACAAGUUGUAUGCGAUGUUGCAGCAGAAAAUGGCUGAAGUUGAAGCUCUACGAGGAAUUCUCGAUGAGAAUCAGAACAGGAAGUGAAAAUGUGACAACCGAAAUCCCACACCAAAUAUCUCCUGCAUAUCGAAUUAUACGUUCUUUCAUCGUAGACAAGUUUUAAUCAUAUUUCCGGAUCUUCUAUUAUUUAGAAUGUUCUUCAGUGAAGACUUAAAUUUUAUCCUUCAAUGAUUUCGUGUAUGUGUUGUAAUUAUUUCAAUGCUAAAUAAAUAAUCAUGGACUUAUUAUGUAAUGAAAUGCUGUGAA